AUGUUCUCGAGGACACGCUUGCUGGUUGGCCUCCAGCCCAGACUAGUUCUCAAUGCGCGGCCUAAUGCUGCAAGCGCCGCACUGGUUGCUCGUCGCUUAAUAUCGAACACUAGUUGCUCUCAUGCUGAACACGACAAGCACCGUCACCAGCACGAGCUCUCCAGUGGGAUAGAUGCACGUACAAGCCACUCGUCCCAUAUUCUUCCUGCGGAACGAGAUGCUUAUGGGAACGAUGUCAAUCCUUACCGUGAUGGGCCCAGUGCGCUUGACAAGGCCGUCCACCUGUUCUUCUUCACUGAGAUCAUUCGAGGAAUGUGGAUUGUGUUAGAAAACUUUUUCCGCCCACCCUAUACCAUCAUGUAUCCAUUUGAGAAAGGUCCUCUAUCUCCUCGCUUCCGUGGAGAGCACGCCUUGCGUCGAUAUCCUAGUGGCGAAGAGCGGUGCAUCGCUUGCAAACUUUGUGAGGCCAUUUGCCCUGCACAGGCUAUAACCAUCGAGAGCGAAGCCCGUAUGGAUGGGUCGAGGAAGACUACUAAAUAUGACAUUGACAUGACAAAAUGUAUCUACUGUGGUUUCUGCCAGGAAGCGUGUCCAGUGGACGCCAUCGUCGAAACACAAAAUCAAGAGUUUUCUGUUGAGACUCGUGAAGAGCUUCUGUACAACAAGGAGAAACUUUUGGCCAAUGGUGAUAGAGCAGAAGCUGAGAUUGCCGCCAACUUGCACUCCGACCACGUUUAUCGAUGA